AUAGUCCCAAAAAUAAAAAUAAUUAUAAUUUAAAAAAGAAAGGUCCCUCAAAUUCUGUUAGAACCCCUCUUAUGCACAUCCUAUAAAGCGGUACACUUUCAGCCCUUAGCCCUUAUUACCGAUAAUACUUAUUUGUCUGAACGCACACUCCAAAAUUAAAUUUGCAAGUUUGAUACCUUAAAAAAUUUCACAUAAACUGCAAUAAUUUUCCUGGCGCCGAUAAGAACUGGCAGUUAUCUGGCAAAGCUAUUUUAAGAAAGACAAAAAUAAACAGCAAAAGAAUGGAAGGAGGUUACAAUCACAGGUCAGUGGAAGAAGUGUUCAGAGAUUUUAAGGGCCGACGAGCUGGAAUUAUUAAAGCCCUAACCGUUGAUGUGGAAGAGUUUUACCAGCAGUGCGAUCCAGACAAGGAUAAUUUGUGCCUUUAUGGAUUUCCAAAUGAGACAUGGGAAGUCAAUCUUCCUGCUGAAGAGGUCCCUCCAGAGCUUCCUGAGCCUGCUUUGGGUAUAAAUUUUGCAAGAGAUGGCAUGCAAGAAAAGGAUUGGCUAUCAUUGGUUGCUGUUCACAGUGAUGCAUGGCUUCUUGCAGUUUCAUUUUACUUUGGUGCAAGAUUCGGAUUUGACAGAUCUGACAGGAAGAGACUUUUCAAUAUGGUCAAUGAACUUCCAACAAUAUUCGAGGUUGUCAGUGGAGCUGCUAAGAAGCAAGCAAAGGAAAAAUCUACUGUAACCAUAAAUGGCAGCAGCAAAAGCAAGUCUACUGGGAAAGUGCAGCAACCACCUGAGGCUCGAGCAAACAUGUCCAAGUCAGUUGUACCCAAAGAUGAAGAUGAUACAUUGGAUGAGGAGGAGGAUGAGGAGCAUGGUGAUACACUUUGUGGAGCUUGUGGUGAAAACUAUUCCCAUGAUGAGUUUUGGAUUGGCUGUGAUAUCUGUGAAAAAUGGUUCCAUGGAAAAUGUGUAAAGAUCACUCCAGCAAGGGCCGAACACAUCAAACAGUACAAAUGCCCGUCCUGCAGCAAUAAAAGGCCACGGCCAUAAUACAUGGCCAUAAUCUUACUUUUGUUCUAAUUGAAGAGUUGAUUCUCUCUAAUGUUUCCUCAAACAUUGUUACUGCAGCUGCGGAAGUGCUUGCAUGUGCAGUGCGAAUCUCUAACUUGUUAUUUAGAAGUCAUUUGAGUUCAGUUUCAUUCAUACUUUGACCAUUGUUUUGGGAAAUACAUCAUGCGACAGUCUCUUGAAAUUGUUAUGGUUGUUUGAUUUUUGUGGUUAUUUUCAUUGCAAAUGGAAAUCACCAUUAGGCUUGAAGUAAGAUAUGGUCAUGGCUAUAUUUACCCCACAAAUAUAAUCUUCACGUGUUGUAUAAUAACACGUCUUUUAUUCC